CGUGACGUCACAUCCUGUUUGUGCUCUGGUGAGGAGCUGAAGGCCUGAAGCUUUAAAAAAAAGGCAAAAAAAAAAAAAAAGAAACUCCAAAGUAGAUUGGUAAAGUAAAGCAAGAGCGAGAACGGCGUGGCGGAGUCUGAGCUGCGGUGCCCUGUGUGUGUGCGUGCGUGUGUGUGUGUGUGUGUGUGUGUGUGUGUGUGUGCAUGUGUGAGUGAGUGAGUUAGUGUGUGUUACUGGUUGAGAUCACUCAUCUCACUCUGUGACCUGCUGAUCCUCCGACUCCUUCGCCCUCGAUUGCACACACACUGACACACAGACGCACACUGAGACACACACAAACACAGCAUGAAUGAGGUUAGCGUGGUCAGAGAAGGUUGGCUCCACAAGAGAGGUGAAUACAUUAAGACAUGGAGGCCGCGGUAUUUUAUCCUGAAGAGUGAUGGGUCAUUUAUCGGUUAUAAAGAGAAACCUGAUGUGUCCGAGCCAAAUCUGCCCCCCCUCAACAACUUUUCUGUAGCAGAAUGCCAGCUGAUGAAGACGGAGCGGCCACGUCCCAAUACCUUUGUUAUUCGCUGCCUUCAGUGGACGACGGUUAUUGAGAGAACGUUCCAUGUGGACAGUAAUGCUGAGAGGGAGGAGUGGAUCCGGGCGAUCCAGGCUGUAGCAAAUGGACUGAAGACGCGAGAGGAGGAGGAGCCGAUGGACAUUAACUUCGGCUCAUCAGGAGACAGCAGCAUGGAGACAGCUAUGGCAAAAUCACGCAGCAAAGUGACAAUGAGUGAUUUUGAUUACCUGAAGCUGCUGGGUAAGGGCACGUUUGGGAAAGUGAUCCUGGUCAGAGAGAAAGCAACAGGAGUGCAUUAUGCCAUGAAGAUCCUGAGGAAGGAGGUCAUCAUCGCUAAGGAUGAGGUGGCACACACAGUCACAGAGAGCCGGGUGCUGCAGAACACCAGACACCCCUUCCUUACGACACUAAAGUAUGCGUUCCAAACACACGACCGACUUUGCUUUGUCAUGGAGUACGCUAACGGAGGCGAGCUGUUUUUCCACCUGUCCCGUGAACGUGUUUUCACGGAAGAUCGAGCACAGUUUUAUGGAGCUGAAAUUGUUUCUGCGCUUGAGUACCUGCACUCACGAGAUGUUGUCUACCGAGACCUGAAGCUGGAGAAUCUAAUGCUGGAUAAAGAUGGACACAUUAAGAUCACAGAUUUUGGUUUGUGUAAGGAAGGAAUUACCAAUGAAGCCACCAUGAAGACCUUCUGUGGAACUCCAGAGUACCUUGCUCCUGAGGUACUGGAGGAUAAUGAUUACGGACGGGCAGUAGACUGGUGGGGUUUGGGUGUGGUCAUGUAUGAAAUGAUGUGCGGUCGACUGCCGUUCUAUAAUCAGGACCAUGAGCGGCUGUUUGAGCUUAUCCUCAUGGAGGAGAUCAGAUUCCCCCGGAACCUGUCACCUGAUGCCAAGAGCCUGCUUGCUGGCCUGCUCAAGAAAGACCCUAAACAAAGGUUGGGAGGAAGUUUUGAAGAUGCCAAAGAAGUGAUGGCUCACAAGUUUUUCUCCUCCAUCAACUGGCAGGAUGUACUGCAGAAAAAGCUCACCCCCCCUUUUAAGCCUCAGGUGACGUCAGAGACUGAUACUCGCUAUUUUGAUGAGGAGUUCACUUUGCAGACUAUCACUGUCACACCGCCUGACCAGUAUGAUAGUUUGGAUGCGGAGGACUCGGAUGCGCGCACACACUUCCCUCAGUUCUCUUACUCUGCCAGUGUUCGAGAGUGAUGGAGAGACCUACAAACACACACACACACACACACACACACACACACACACACACACACACACUCACCAGCAAACCAGAUAUCAUUGCAACACACACCUACACUCACACUGUCUCACCAGCAACCUGGACACCACGCUAACACCCAUUCAUACACACACUGUUACCUGUUACCAGCAAACUGGAAACCGUACACACACACACACACACACACACUCUGUCACCAGCAAAACAAACACCACGGCAACUUACUCACUGCUAUCAGCAGUCUGUUGACUAGUGAAGGCCUUGUUAAGAUGUGCCUGAUUCAGAUUGGUCCUUCAGGCUGUCUGUUACACUACACACUAUUCACACCUUUUAAUAAAAUGAGUCAUAGACUCAUUGUGUUAAACACCUCAGAAACAGCAUAUACUGUAUACACACACUUUCUUGUAUGCACGAUUUUAACCGAGUUUAAAACGAAGUAGAACUUCAGAUUGUUACAGUUUUUAAUACAGGAAUGAAAUGCACACAUGAAGCCAUCCUGCAGUGCAAGUGCCCUUUUUAUGCAUUCAGUUGUUACUGGGGUGUUUCAAUAACACAUACUGCUGAUAGAGAGUGUGUGCGUGUGUGUGUGUAGUGGUUUUGUGUGAAUGGUGAGGUGUGUGUUUGUUCUGAAUGUACAUCUUCAAGUGUGUGUGUUUGUUUUAAUUCAAUUUUGUACAGGACCCAUAAUGUGGGGCGGUUGGGAGGGAGGGAGGGAGGGGGGUGGGUGCGAUUGCUGACAUAUAUAUAUAUGUACACAUGCACACACAUACAGAAACCGUAGAUGUGUAAAGGGAAGAGAGCAGCCGCAGCUCUGUGGAUGAGUGUGUGUGGAGUGUGUGUCCACUUUCUGCACCUGUAAGGCUGUCAUCACUGUGUAACCCAGGGGUCUGCAACAGAGGGCAGAAUUCCACACAGUACAAGCACUGGGAAGAUGUAGUCUUAGUUUCAUUGCUUAGAGACACCAGAGUCGUCACUCAGCAGGUGUAGCAGAGGAAUCACUAAACUGUGCUGGGCAGGACUAUGCAGAACUCUGCACAGCUCUGCGUGGCCACACCCCACAACUGCAGCCGGCCUCCUGCUGUAAAACACCCAGUCACUCAGCUGUACAAUUCUGCAGGCUUUGAUGUAAAGAGAUUUUUAUUAAAUGAGAAUUUGAAAUGUGUCUCUCUUGCUCUUCUCUCUGUCUCUCUGUGUUAUGCUGGUUAAUGAUCUCAUUUAGGAUGAGAGCUGAGUGAGUGAGGUGGAGUGAGUUUUGUGUGUUUUGUUUUAUUUUGCCUUUUCUGUUUGUUCUUGAACAGAUCAGACAUUUGACAUUUUUGCUUCUUUUGUUCCUCAAAUCGUCCUGAUGAGCUCAAUAUAAAUAUAAUCUAUUCCACAAGCUGA